AUGCCUCGCGGUGGAUCCGAAGACCAAAAGGUCUACGUUGGCAACUUGCCAGGAGAUGUUCGUGAGAAGGAAGUCGAAGACAUCUUCCACAAGUACGGACGCAUCAAGUACAUUGACAUUAAAUCAGGACGCGGACCAGCUUUCGCUUUUGUCGAGUUCGAAGAUCACAGAGAUGCUGAGGACGCUGUACGUGCACGUGAUGGCUAUGAAUUCGACGGUCGUCGUAUUCGAGUUGAGUUCACCCGUGGAGUUGGACCACGCGGACCAGGAGGUCGUCCAUUGAACGAAGAAGGUGGAGGCUAUCGCGGUGGUGGUGACUUCCGUGGCGGACGUGGAGGUGGCCGCGGAGGAGGUGGCCCACAGAGAAGAACCGGAUACCGAGUUAUUGUUGAAGGACUCCCACCAACUGGAUCGUGGCAAGAUCUUAAAGAUCAUAUGCGCGAGGCUGGAGAUGUCUGCUAUGCUGAUGUAGCUCGCGACGGAACUGGAGUCGUCGAGUUCACUCGUUACGAUGAUGUCAAGUACGCUGUUAGAAAGUUGGACGACACGAAAUUCCGUUCUCAUGAGGGUGAAACCGCCUACAUUCGUGUACGCGAAGAUAACUCAUCUGGAGGUGGAAGCGGUGGAGGUGGCGGCCGUGACCGCAGCCGUUCUCGUUCACCACGUGCCGAACGUCGUGCAUCACCAAAGUAUUCUCCACGUCGUUCUCGUUCACGCAGCCGUAGCCGUUCUCGCUCACGCUCUCGUUCGGCUUCUCGCAGCCCAUCUCGCUCACCAUCUCCACAAUAG